CGCGCGUUUCCUCCGCCCGCGGCGCGCUCCGGGCGGGAGCAGGAAGGGAGCGGCCGGAGGGAUGCGGCGGAUCCCGACAGGGAUGCGAUAGCUCCGACCCGCUGCUCCCCGCCGGGACGCGGUGAAGCUGCCACUCCCAAAUCUCUGCAAUGGCCUCGGGGAAUGAGGGGGACCCUCCACAGCUGGAGGAACGCCGGGGGAGCCACAGGCGCCGGCUCAGCUCAGAGGGCCGGGUGGCGGAGGAGGCUGAGGAGGUGUUCAGGAGCUACGCCUUCCACCGCUACCAGCAGGAGCGCCAGGAGCGAGGGGCAGAGCUGCCGCCCGACCCCGAGAUCGAGCAAAUCCAGCAGGACCUGGACAGCACCGGCAGCCAGGUGGGGCAGCGCUUGGCCAUCAUCGGCGAUGACAUCUACCGGCGCUACGACGCCGAGUUCCGCACCAUGCUGGAGAGCCUGCAGCCCACCCGCGACAACGCCUACGAGAACUUCACCAAAAUCGCCUCCAGCCUGUUUGAGAGCGGCAUCAACUGGGGCCGGGUGAUCGCCCUGCUGGCCUUUGGCUACCGCCUGGCCAUGCACGUGUGGCAGCGCGGGGUCAGCGGCUUCCUGCGGCGCAUCGCGCAGCACCUGGCGCAGUUCAUGCUGCAGAACCGCAUCGCCCGCUGGAUCGCCCAGCAGGGAGGAUGGAGGGCCGCGCUGCGCCGCUACAACGAAGUUUACAUCAAGUACCUGCUGGUGGCCGCCGCGGUGCUGCUGGCACACCUGGCGGUGCGGCGCUUCCUCACCUCCUGAGGGGCGCGGGGGCACCGAGCGCCCCUGCCCGGCCCCAGCGCCCCCAGGAAGGCGGGACUGAGCUGCCGCGGGGCCGGGACCCUCCCGCUGCCGGCCUGGGGGUCUCUGCGCCCCCAGGAGAGGAGUGGGGAGGGGCGGGGCUCUGCUUUUGGUGCCUCAAAGAGCUGCUGAGAAAGGGCAGCUCUGGGAGGGGACAUCCCUGGGAUGGGGCAUUUUCGGGAUGGAGACAUCUCUGAUGGGUCAUUUUUGGGAUGGGGACAUCCCUGGGAUGGGGCAUUUUCGGGAUGGGGACAUCCCUUGGAUGGGGCAUUUUUGGGAUGGAGACAUCUCUGAUGGGUCAUUUUUGGGAUGGGGACAUCCCUGGGAUGGGGCAUUUUCGGGAUGGGGACAUCCCUUGGAUGGGGCAUUUUUGGGAUGGAGACAUCUCUGAUGGGUCAUUUUUGGGAUGGGGACAUCCCUGGGAUGGGGCAUUUUCGGGAUGGGGACAUCCCUUGGAUGGGGCAUUUUUGGGAUGGAGACAUCUCUGAUGGGUCAUUUUUGGGAUGGGGACAUCCCUGGGAUGGGGCAUUUUCGGGAUGGGGACAUCCCUUGGAUGGGGCAUUUUUGGGAUGGAGACAUCUCUGAUGGGUCAUUUUUGGGAUGGGGACAUCCCUGGGAUGGGGCAUUUUCGGGAUGGGGACAUCCCUUGGAUGGGGCAUUUUUGGGAUGGAGACAUCUCUGAUGGGUCAUUUUUGGGAUGGGGACA